CCGCGGUAGAAGCAUCAGGCACUUGGAGCCUUUCAUGGGGGCGAGGAGGGCGAUGUGCUGCUGAGAAAAGCGAGGGAAAAACCAGGCCGGAUCACCGCAAGGAAGCACCUGCGCUGGGGCCCUUCCUGCCUACCUUCCCACCCGCCAGCACCGCCCGGCUUCUGUUCACACUUGGAAAUGGGUCAUGAGACCUAAAGUAUAUUGAAGUACAAGGAACAUUUUUCAGCUUGAAUGAACAAGUUCCUGCUGGGGACUGUGUGGAAGGAUGGCAGCUGCAGAACCCUUGACUGCUUUUUCUCGGUGGUACCUCUAUGCCAUUCAUGGCUACUUCUGCGAGGUUAUGUUCACAGCUGCCUGGGAAUUCGUGGUCAAUUUCAACUGGAAGUUCCCAGGUGUCACCAGUGUAUGGGCACUUUUCAUCUAUGGCACUUCCAUCCUCAUUGUAGAAAAGAUGUAUCUGUAUAUGAAAGACAAGUGUAACAUACUAGUGCGCUGCCUCAUUUAUACCCUGUGGACGUAUCUGUGGGAGUUUACCACCGGCUUCAUUCUGCGUCAGUUCAAUGCCUGCCCUUGGGACUAUUCACAGUUUGACUUGAACUUCAUGGGUCUCAUCACCCUGGAGUAUGCCAUUCCAUGGUUCUGUGCAGCAUUUAUCAUGGAACAGUUGGUCAUCAGAAACACCUUACGUUUACGGUUUGAUGAGAAUGCUGAACCAGGGGUUCCCUCAACUCCUGUGACCUUGGCCAAUGGCCAUGUGAAGACUAAUUGAAUAGUAACUUAGGGCUGCACUUGAUUAAAUGAACUCUCCUGACCCCUUCACUGGAGACCUGUAAUGACAGCUUCAAAAACAAAACUCCUGCUUCCUGUAUGAUAAAGAAAACUCCUGUUGGAGGUGUGCAUGAAAAAGUGGAACCAGUAGAUUUUCUAUGGAUUUUACUUUUUGUUUUUUAAAUUGCAAGUAGCACUGCCAGCUACCUGUUGGCUAGAUAGUUUCUGACUUGUAACUUACUAUAUGAACAGUUCUAUUACCUGCAUUUUAUUGCAUAUGUAAAAAAUAAGAGAAAUGCUAGUAUAGCUUGUACAAAAAAACAAGUUAGUAAAUUGGCACAGAUGCCCCUGUUAACUUAGUGAUUGGCUUAUAUUUCAUUAGGCAAUAUUCAGGUGCUUGCUUGCAACCAAUACCUCCCAUGGAACCUGAGAUGCUGCAGGGUCAAGGAAGAAUCAACAGUUGCCCAAUAGUGGCAGUCUACUGGGGAGGUAUAAUUUGCCCUCUCGUGUGCUCCUUCUAAGGCUUUUAUAUUGCACCAUAGUGUAUGGUAUUAUGGUGCUGGACAUCUGGCUGGAUUUAUAUUUUUAAAAGAUAACUUUUUGAAUCAUCCAUUCUGAUGCUCAUUAGAGAGCCUGUUCUCCCAUGCCCAUCUCUCUCUCUCUCUCUUUAAUAAAGACCUGGUGUACUGGAUUAUUUUUAUCGUUGUACAAGCUGCGCUUUGGUCAAGUAGCCAAGACUGGGAGGAAAAUGACUGAAGUCUUCCCUGCUUCUUAUCUUUACUGUUUGUAGUGGAGCUCAACAGAAGGGCUACUUCAGGUCUGAUUCUUGCAACCCCCUUAGCCGCUGAUCACAUCACUGAGAUCUCUCCUUCUCAAGAAGUUUUGUUCCCUGUGAUACUGAUGGCUAUAAAAAUGGACCAUUGGUCCUGGGAUUACAGUCCUCAUGGCAGCUGGGUUCAUCAGGAGUUGGAAUCCUGAACGGCAGACUGCCUGCUCCUUGUGUUUAUUAUUUUAUGUCUGCACCAAUUUGAUCUCAUCUAAGUCUGCCUGGUGAUCUCCAGGUACUAACAGCAGUGCAGCAAGCGCUGUUUGUUAAACUAUUUGUGAACAGGAGAACUGCCUUAUAGUAAGGAGCACUAUAGGAUCCCUCUCCAGGUUCUUCUGGAUGGGCUGUGACAGCAUAGCAAGAGCUGCAGGUAUGUUCUGCUUUAGAGCACACUAAGCUUGAAGGAGGUGUGAAGGUCCCAAGCAGGUACUUAACAAGAAGUUGUAAUGAGAAAGAUGGAUGGUAUCUGGUGGCUACCAAAGAAUAUCUCUUUUUGUUCUGAGGAUUCUUGGGCUGUUUCAAGUAGCAAGCAUCUAAUAGCCUUAAGAGGAGGGUAUACUAUAACUAGGCCUCCUGGACCAGAAGAAUUCCAGGUAUCAUUUGCACUGAAUGGAAUGGAAUUGCACUAGCAAUGAGGUUGGGCUUGUGAUGUGAAUGUUCUUAUGUGGCUGCAGAGCCUCUUCUGUUUUGUUAAACAUGUGGCUGCAUAAUUAUUUGGCUGGCCUUUGUUUGUUUUGUCAGUCUGAUACAACUGUUUGUUGCUCCAUUCUCAGAAAAAGAAAGACAUCCUGUCACUUUGGGUGGGUUCUACAUUGUCUUAUGAAUAAGAGUAGCAUUAACUUGUCAGAGUGUGAUUGUCUUGUUCCUUUCCAUUUCCCUCAGGUCUUAUAUCCAUUGCUGGCAAUGGAUGGGCAGGGACGCUGGCCCCAGGAGCUCAGUCACAUCCAUCCUGUGACAGACAGCAGGCUCCUUGAAAUACUCAGAAAACUCACAGAGAGAUUAGCGUUCUCUUUUUAUAGGUUAUCAGUUUUUUAAAAACAAGUAACGACUCAAACUAUGUUUCCUGUCCAGUAUGAUGCCAUUCAUAGAGAUUAAUGUAGCAGCCAUACAACAACAGUCAUCUACAUUGGAAAAUAAGACAGAAGGGCAAUUUGUUAACAACAGAAUUAUGGUCUUAAGCCUUCUUAGCUGAUAAUGGGACAGUGUGAGUACUGUGAAAAUAAGUAUUCUCUUAUUGCUUCUCUUCUGAAAGGUUCUGUCCUGCAUCCCAAAAAACAAGAAAAUCUUGUAAAGGUUCUAGAUAUUGCUGGUUCCUCCUCACAAAUACUGAAAGAAAAAUACAAGUGUUCUGUAAAAGGAAGAGUGCAAACAGAAAAUGGGGUAUACCUACGCUUUCUGAUAACCACUGUGUAUAAAACAUAGUAUAAGGCAGAAUAAGUGCAUUCUCACCACUAACUAGUCACCACCCACUUUCAAUAAGUUUAGACACUCAGUUCUGUUUGUUUUCCUUUCCUGCUUUGACCAGGAAUCCUGUGCUCCUUUGCGUCUGUAUUCUUAAGUAGCACAGUUACUUAAAAACUGGACAACAGUUGCUUAUACUAAAGAAUGGCUUCUGGCCUUUAACUUAUGGGCAUCUUCUACAAAUGAGCUUCAUUUUCCCGUGGUGCAUUAAUGUUGCACCACCUAAAGCUUAUUUUAUGCUGUUAUCUCUGAUUGAUACUCUGAGAUGUGCCCUCAAAGACCUGUAAUUUUCACACAGAAGUGCACUUUAUUUGCAGUUUGCACACCGGGAACUGAGCUGGGCCUCAUAUCGUCAUCCUUCCCCAAGUAACCCCUGCUAGAUGUUCCAUUGACCAAUCAGCAUUGUUUUUAACAGCGAUUUGCAGCCUCUAUCAGUUACUGUAUCAGAUCCUGUAGCUCUCCUUACUCUUUUUGGAGGAAUGCAACUCAGUUGCAGCCAGAGAUUCCACCCAUUUUAUUUCAUUUACCUUUUCUCUUUUGAUUCAAGUGAAAACUACUGAUGUUGUUUUGCAGCUGAACUGCUUAAACUGCAAAGCAAUGACAGCCACAUUGCUGCCAACAAUCACAUAGAAGCUGUGCAGCAGAGGAAGCACUUGUGUCUAAAAUAGAUAAUAAAAACGCACACAAUCCUCAGUUAAAAUAUUUGCUUGUAUGUGUAUCUUCCUCAGUAGAUUAAAGUUGCCUGUUUGAAUUCACCAGCAAUAAAAACUUGUGGUUUGUU